GACCAGCAAAGCUACGAGGAUGAUGUCUGUAAACUUUCUGUACAUGUUCAUUAUAGCCAUCUCGCUAUCAUCAGUUAGCAGCCAAGAUUGUGGGGAGGCGACACAAACAAGAAUGGUGAAAUGUGCCGAGGAUCUGAUGGCGGCCGAGACUGCUAGUAGUUUAAUAUUAGAUGACGAACAGAAAUGUAGACGAAUGCAGCUUGAAUUGAGAUGUAUGAAAAAUAUCACAGAUCAGUGCCAGAGUUCGACUUCCGGUAGUGAUGUUUUCAAUAACCUGAUGGCAGCGACACCUACAGUGAUCGAUCUCGUCGAUAAUAAAUGUGGGGAAACUAACCCGUGUGAUUAUGGCGAGGAAUUGUUAGAUGAAUGUAUAGAUCUAGCUGUAGGCGGACUGGAUGAACAGGGAACACAAAAACAAAUGUGCAAGACUGUGGAUGGCCACCUAUCCUGUGUCGAGAAUGUUAUUUACCUGUGUAGAGAUGUCGUCAAUAUGAGGGAGAAAAUGGAUUGGCUUAACAGAAGACAUAGAUUCAUGCAGUUAUGUGGCAGAUAUUUCAGGAGAGGCAACUAUAGAACCAGAAUCUGAUAAUUUCUCUGAAUAAAGUCAUAUUCAAUGUCU